AUGGACACCUUCCUGCAGUUGGGCGGGGAUCCGAACCUCGUGUACGAUGACGAUCUGGUCGUGGGUGAGCCGGUGGACUUGGAGGCGCAGAUUCAGCGGCACAUUGCGGAGACGAGUCAGGCCGAUGCGUUGUUUAGCGACCAGCUCUAUCGCCCCGUAAACGACGACGUGGAGGAGGAGAGGGACGAGGGCGGGACCAACUUCUCACCUCUCGAGUCGGACGAACUGGAGCGCCAUCGUUAUCUGCAGCGCAUCCUGUCCAUUGAGAGGGGGAUGCAGGAGGCGGACAGCGAGGUGCAGCAGCGGAUCGACACCAUGAAGCGCAUCCUGGAGCUCAAAGACCCCAUGGAGCAGCUCUCCGAGUACCUGGCGCUGAAGCAGGAGGCCCGGCGGGAGGACGACGUGGACAUCGUGGAGGAUCUAUUGCACUGCGCCAAGCGCAUGACGAACGAGCAAGACACCGAAGUGGCUAUGCUGGGGGCUUUCUUCUUCCUGUGCGACAGGCAACGAUCCAAGGCACGAGGGAUGACAGCGAUGCUGCCUGUUGUGGCGGCGAUGAUGGAAGCAGCCAAUGGGAUGGACCACCCGCCAUUUUAA